CCCACCACUGCAACUGGAAUCAAUUGCAAAUGCAAUCGCAAUUAACGGAAUCGUUGGUUUUCUAUUAUGACUAGGGGGCACGUCUUAGGCCUUCCAUAUCGGCGCAUCACCUCUUCGCCAGCUUGUUGGCUGCCGUCGAUGUACCAGCUGCCGGUAAAGAGCACGAGAGGUGUAUCAUUUGGGAGACCAUUACCUUGGCUGAGAAUGUUGAAAGGGCCUUGGCCUCCAGUUACUGAAGGGCCUAAAAGGCCCGAAAUGCCUAACACUAGCCCAAGCGUCUGGCAAUUCUAUGAUGAUUUCCCUCGUGGCCAAUCGUUGAAACAGGGGCUACGACAGUAUCCAUACCUGUUCCAUGCCGAUGUUUAUCCGUCACCCUUCAACACAACGUUUGGGCAACUAUUCGUAGCGAUGGAUGUUGGGGCCUUUCGGCCGACCUUCAAAAUCCUACUUGAGACACGUUUUAUAUCAUGGUUUAUCCUUCUUCCAUAUCGUCAAUCACUCGAAAACCGGUUUCCCCCAGACUACUUCAACAACGAAUGGGCUCGUGCUGGCGCCCUGGCUCUCAGAAGCUUUCUCGGCGUUUUAUCCGGCAAUAAUCUGGAAUCCGUUGCACCCUUGGUUACCUGCAACUUCCACCGCUGUUUGGAACCAUACCAGAAGAUAUCCCGUGGCGACCCCAAGGCCGGCGCCGUGCGUCUUCCUGUCGCACUGGAGCAUCUCGAAGACGCAGAGAUCAUCAAGAUUUCUACAAGAUCUGGCACAAGGAAAGGCAUUGAGUAUAACGACUUGAGGUGUCCACACCAUCGUGAUAAUAUUCCCGUUGAAGGGAGGACAUACGUUCGUGUGGACUGGGACCGGAUCGAACGUAACCCGUACGUUGACUCCGCAAAGGAAGCCACCGUCAGCGCCGACAAUGGCGUGAUUACGCGUGUUGAUGUCCGAGUUGUAGGGCGUUUCACGAUUCAGGGGAGCGGAGAGCCAAUCUCGUUCGUCCGAUCUGUUGUCGUAACGCUCGAAACGCCGUGGAUGAAUGAGGAGGAAACUUAUCUCGAUGAGUUUGGGUUGUUAAGAGAUGAUGUGGAAUGGAAGAUCGCAGAUAUCAAUUACUGGGCAUCUAUGGGAUGUCCAAAGCCACCCAACCUCUCGGAGUUGGGGGAUGAAGCUGAUAAGCGUCAAGACAAUCAGCGCGAGAAGAAGUUUAGAAAGAAGUCAUGAAGAAGCAGACCCGCCAUUGAAAUUGGGUGUGUGCACGUGUUAUUACCUAGGCGGCUUUGUGAACUUAUCCCCAAUAUACCUUAUAUACCUUAUCCGGGCGGUUUGUACAUGUCCUUACGUGCCGAACAUCGUGGCAGCCCGCGCCUUGAAACCCUACCGUUCGACCCUCCGCUCAAGUUCGUUGCCUACCGUCCUGCAACUAGCCAUGGUGGGUCUUAGGAUAAGCCCAACCGAUCCAUGAUGAAUAUAUGCUCCUGCAGGAGACUCAUGAAGAUGUAGGAGAUCCUGUCCAUGGCCAGUAACCCAAGGGCUCCAAAAGCACCUGGACGCCAGAGUCAUUUAUAUGACACAUAUGCUACACAUAUCCUGAAGACAUCCUUCGUUGGUUACUGGGUACAUAAUCGCUUCCAUAGUGUCCCGUGUUGUAAUGCAGAGUCUCGACC